AUGGUGAGAAGAUCUAAAUCUAUGGAAAGGACAAUUAAAGAAGGAAAUGAAUAUUUAUAAAGAAUGGAAUAAGUAGACAGAAUAAAAUUAAGAAAUAAAAAUGGAUAAUAAAGAUAAAGGGAGUUAAGAGUAGUAUAAGAGUAAAAGAAGCAAAAGGAAACUCCUAAAAAAAUAGUUCAAUAAAAAUAAGUUAAGGUAAAAGGAGAAAAAUAAGAAAAAUAAUAAAAUAAAACAAAAUAGGAUCUUAAAAAAUAGUCAUAAAUCUCUAUCUCUAAAUCUUCAAGGAAAAUUGAAAAAAAGACACCUAUUCAAUUAUAAAAGGUUUAAAAAAAAGACAUUGUUUAGUCAGACAUUUAAAAGAAAUAAUAAUCUGAAAAAAAAAAGAAUAAUAAUGAAAUGGAAUUAGAAAAGAAGAGUGUUAUAAAGAAAUAAGAAAUGAAAACAGAAAAAAUUAUACCAAAGCCUUAAUAAUAAUAAUAAUAAUAAUAAAAUAAGUAAGUACCUAGAAAAACAAAAUCAAAUAUAUCAGUUGCUUCAGAUGCAAAUCAACCUUCAAUUGGAAUGGUUGACUGUGUUUUUGUUGUAGAUACUACAGGAUCUAUGGAUAUAUAUUUAGAAAGAACAACAAAUACAGUUUAAAUGUUAGUAGAAAGAAUAAAAUAAUAAUCAAAAAAUGAAUAAGUAAGUGUGAGAUUUGGAUUAGUUUGUUAUAGAGAUCAUCCUCCUUAAGAAUUAACUUAUGUUACUGAAUUACAUGAUUUAUGUUCUAAUAGGGAGAUACUAAAAGCAAUUUAAAAAUCAGAUUGUUCUGGAGGAGGUGAUGGUGCUGAAGCAGUUUUAGAUGGAUUAAAUGUAGCAGCUUAAUAAAUAAGUUGGAGAGAUAGCAGUAAAAUACCUAGUCUCAGAUAUAUAUUUCAUAUUUGUGAUUAACCACCUCAUGGGAAAGAAUUUGGUGGGUAUAGUGAAUUAUGGGAUGAAACAGGAUGUCCAUGUGGUUUAAAACCUGAUUAAAUAAUUCAUAGAAUAAAUAUGAGAUAAAUUCACUAUAGAUUAAUUAAGGCAGAUUCAAAAAGAUUAGAAAAAUUUGCUGAUUAUUUUAGGGGGAAAGUUGUAAAUUAUGAUGAAGUCACUUUAGAGAAUGGAGUUGCAGAUGGGAUGGAAAUAAAAAUCAGUGAUAUGGUUAUUAGAGAACUUUGUCCUGAUAUUCUUCUUGAUUGA